CUAUGUGUGCUUCUAUUUGCAGCUCAAUUUCCAGAUUGAAAGAAACAUGAUUCGUCUUGCCUCUAAAGCCAUUUCGUAUACUAUAAUGCAGCGACUUCAUUGAGCGCGAAAAAUGAGCACGCACGACCUUUCUCAAACAAAUCAGCCUAAUGGAUCUAUUUUUGAAUUCGACAAAGUUUAUAAACGUUUGGCAAGUGACCAAAGAUUUUAAUUUGAAACAAACACACAACACACAUGUAGAAGACAUGCUUUCUGCAGUAGGUAGAUAUCUUCUCAGAACAGUGGUUUGCUUUUUUUUUUAAAACUAAACAUGCAAAAUCUUUAUCAUCAUUGAAACUAGAAUGCGCAAAAAUGAAAUUUGCAUUUCAAAAUCUUAUUAUUAUUUUCAGUUUUGUUAUAUAUAACUAUCUUUGUUUGGCUAAAGAUUAUAUUAAAGUUGGCGUAUUUUUUAAUAAAGACCAAUCAACAGAAAAUCUCGACUGGAACGUUAUACAAGAUAAUUUGAAUUUACAACUGCAAUAUCAGGUGUCUGAAAUACCCGAAACUGAUAGUUUUGCUGUAGCAAAAAUAUUUUGUAGAUCAGUUUCUGAAAAUGGACUUUCAAUAGUUUUUGGGCCAUCAUCUAUUAUAAGUUCUGAUAUGAUUGGAUCAAUGUGUUCCACAUUUCAAAUACCUUUCAUUUCGACACACUAUACUCACAUGAGUACCAAGGAAUAUCCAAAUAAUUUUAAUUUAUAUCCAGAUGCAAAUCUUUUUUCACAGGGUUUAGCUACAAUCGUUAAGAGCUUAGACUGGGAUGUAUUCGUGAUAAUUUACGAAAACGAAGAAAGUCUAGCCAAGUUGCAAGAUGUAUUGAAAAUUUAUUACGUCCAAGGAGCUAUAGACAGAAAUACCGUUUUACUAAAACAUUUAGGUCCAGGACCAGAUUAUAGGCCACUUUUGAAAGAUGUGACCAAACUAACUCCAUCAAGAAGAAUAAUUCUAGAUUGUCACGUCGAUAAAAUUACGGAAGUUCUUUUGCAGGGCAAAGAAGUGAAACUUUUGGAUGACUUUUCAACAAGUAUUUUUCUUAGUUCAAUGGACGCUCAUACAUUAGAUUUUCAACAACUGAACAUUAUCACUAAUAUAACUACAAUACGACUGUUCGAUCCAAAAAGUGAUGUUAUAGCGAAAGCUGUUAAACAAUAUUAUUCUUCAAUUGUGCCUGGAAAACUAAGGGUGGAAACUGCUCUACGGCAUGAUGCAAUGCUACUAUUUGCCAAAUCAAUAAAUUCGCUACUCGAAAAAAAUCCAGAAAUAGAUAUCAUCUCUGAACCAAAAUUUUGCAACGCUUCAGACAAAUAUGCAAUUGAUCGAAUAGGGCUUAUAAAUGAAAUGCAACAGACUAUUCUUACAAAUGCACUGACAGGAGAAAUUAUCUCUCUAGAAAAUGGCAAAAGACUUCAUUUUAACUUGGAAGUAAUUGAAAUUACUAAUCCAGAUAAACCUAUAGGAAUUUGGACAUCAGAGAGCCCUGAAGAUAUCCACUUAACAAGGAAUGCCACUGAAAGGGAACAAGAACUUCAGAAGAGGAUGCAAAGUUAUAAUUUCAUUGUUAGUUCAAAAUUAGGUCAACCAUAUUUAAUGGAAACAAAUGACACUGGUGCAGUUGGAAAUAGCAGAUACAGAGGAUUUUCAAUGGAUUUGAUAACAGAAAUAGCUAAAAUCAUGAAUAUUACUUUCCAGUUUACACUUGCCUACAAAAAUUUACAAAUCGAAAUAGUUGAGGAUUUGGUUAAUAGAAGAGCUGACUUGGGAAUAUGUGACUUCACAAUAACUCAACAAAGGAAUGAGAAAAUCGAUUUCAGUUUGCCAUUUAUGUCAUUAGGUAUUAGCAUUCUACAUAAAAAAACUGAACAAGAAGAAAUAAGUAACAUGUAUGGCUUCAUGAAACCUUUAACUUGGACUGUGUGGAUUUAUAUUACCACUUUGUAUCUUGUAAUAUCAAUUGUUAUACUUUUUAUAGCAAGACUAGAUCCAGAUGAUUGGGAGAAUCCUCAUCCUUGCGAUCUGAAUCCUGAGGAGCUUGAAAAUAUUUGGGGCAUAAAGAAUUGUCUUUGGCUCACAUUGGGGUCUAUAAUGGCACAGGGUUGUGAUAUUUUGCCAAAAGGUAGCUGUUCCAGAAUCGCAACAGCCAUGUGGUGGUUUUUCUCUCUAAUAAUGACCAGUACGUACACAGCAAACAUGGCAGCUUUUUUAACAAUGUCCAGACAGGAUGAUUCAAUUAAAGGAGUAGAAGAUUUAGCCAAUCAGAAUAAAGUUAAAUAUGGUGUUAUGGCUGGAGGGUCAACUCAAUCGUUCUUUGAAACGUCCAACAACAGCCUGUAUCAAAAAAUGUGGGCUACAAUGUCCAAUGAAAAUCCGAGCGUUUUUGAAGACAGCAAUGCAAAAGGGGUGGAAAGAGUUUUGAAUACUAAACAAGGCCUAUAUGCAUUUUUUAUGGAAUCACCGCAGAUUGAAUAUGAAUUGGAGAGAAAUUGUGAUUUGAAAAAAAUUGGUCAAUAUUUGGAUUCGAAAAGUUAUGGUAUAGGAAUGCCUUUAGGGGCUGUAUACAGACAUCAAAUUAAUACAGCAGUGUUGCAGUUGAAAGAAAAUGGGAAAAUAAAUGAAUUGAAAGAAAAAUGGUGGAAACAAGAGGAUUUAGAAGGUCCUCCAUGCCCUAAUGAUAGCCUGGAAAAUAACAAGGAUGAACUGACGUUAGCCAAUGUUGGUGGAGCUUUUAUACUUUUGGCAGCAGGCAUUGGAUUGGCAUUUUUGUUAGCUAUAACGGAAUUUUUAUGGAACAUCCGACAUAUUUCUGCUGAAGAACAUAUGACCUAUUUUGAAACUUUGAAAAGUGAAUUGAAAUUUGCCUGCAACAUUACGGUGACAAGAAAAGCUGCCAAACCAAUUAUAUCAUCUUCCUCUUCUUCAAGAUCAACUGAUGAUGACAGAAGCAUUUCAAGGACAAUUUUAGCUGGAGCUGGAUCAGUUUUGAAUAUUAAUGCCAGUGUUCUUAAUAGAUUGGGUCAAGGACAUGCCGAUUUUGAAAAUGAAGAUGAAUAAUAUUGUCUCUGUGAUCCUUAUCAACAAUAAACAGUCACAACCUAAUGUUAUAAAUUAUUUUAUUAAUAAUUAUUAUUUACAAGCUAACAUAAGAAUUUAAGUGAUCUAAAUAAUAAUUUCAGUGUCACCCAAUUCCUCAUCAGAAGGCAAAAUUAUUUUUUCAACAGGUAUGAAAUUUGGAUCUAUAGGUAGUUUGCCCUCCGCUUCUCGCCUUCUGAGCUCUAAAAAGGCUUCUCUUACACCCCAAUCUCUAAGAUGAUAGUCUGGAGCAUAAGUCCAUACAAACCCUGUAAGAGAAAG